AUGUGGCCCAACACCCUGCGUGUCAGCAUGUCCCGCAUCAAUGGCAUCACCCCAGAGAUGGCAGCACCCACGGGACCCUUCCGGAACGUGGGUUUGUCCAGGGCAGCCCAGACCCACCGACUGAGGAAGCUGCGGACCCCCUCCAAGUGCAGGGAAUGCAACAGCUACGUGUAUUUCCAGGGGGCAGAAUGUGAGGAGUGCUACCUGGCGUGCCACAAGAAGUGCUUGGAGACCUUGGCCAUCCAAUGCGGGCACAAGAAGCUCCAGGGGAAGCUGCAGCUUUUUGGGCAGGACUUCCUGAAGGCGUCUCAGGGCAGCGCUGACGGCAUCCCCUUCAUCGUUAAAAAGUGCAUCUCUGAGAUUGAGAAGCGGGCGCUGAAAACCAAGGGCAUCUACCGAGUGAACGGCGUGAAGACCCGCGUGGAGAAGCUCUGCCAGGCCUUUGAGAACGGGAAGGAGCUGGUGGAACUUUCCCAGGCGUCCCCACACGACAUCAGCAACGUGCUGAAGCUCUACCUGAGACAGCUGCCCGAGCCCAUCGUGCCGUUCCGGAUGUACAACGCGCUGAUGGGAGCAGCCAAGGAGAGCCUGCAGGGCGGCAGUGAGGCCAAAGGGAGGAGUGGGAAAGGGGGUCCGGAGCUGGUGGACAAAGGGGCCGACACCGACCGCGUGGUGGUGAACCUGGUGCUGAAACUGAAGGAGCUGCUGAAGGAGCUCCCGUGGGAAAACAUGGCCACGCUGCAGUACCUCCUGCAGCACCUGAGGAGGAUCGUGGAGGUGGAGCAGGACAACAAAAUGACCUCCAGCAAUCUGGGCAUCGUCUUCGGGCCGACGCUGCUGCGGCCACGACCCACGGAUGCCACCAUCUCUCUGUCCUCGCUGGUGGAUUACCCCCACCAGGCACGCGUCAUCGAGGCGCUCAUCAUCUUCUACCCCACCGUCUUUGAGGACAAGGACAGCACACUGACUGCUGAUGGCUCUGGAUUCACUGCAGAUCGCGAGGACGAGACCCCGGAUGAGCCCACGGCCGCUCCGUGCUCACAGCCCCCGAGGAAGGGCGACCUGGGGUACAACGUGGGAGCAUUUGGGGAGCCCUGCGAGAGAUCGGUGGACUCCGACUCAGAGCUGGAGGACGGCGGGGAGCCGGGGGGCAGCGGGCAGCUGAGAAAACAAGAGAGUGAAACGAGCACGGAUGAAGCUCCGUUCUACGAGGAGGGCAGCGAGGGGCAGCGCAGCCGCACCUGCAGCACCGGGCAGUCGGACACGGAGGGCUCUGCGCCGCGCUGCACUGCAGGAGAGCACAGCGACCCUGAAGAGGAGCCUGAGAGCAAUGCCACCACUGCAGCUCAGCAGUGAGAGCAGCCCCAGGCAGUGACGGCUCAGCUGAGAAAGCUCGUAUACGACGAUGGGCGUUUUCCUAUUCGGCCCUCCCCACGUUGCACGGUCUCAGGGCUUUGUGGAUGUAUAUUUGAUCUCCAAAAUCUAUGCUGUGAGAGCAGCGGGGGGAGAUGGAGGAUGCCUGAACCAAGCUACAGCCCCCUCCACUGUGAGCUUUUUGUCUUUUUUUUUUUGUGUGUGUAAGGUAACCCUUCGAUGCAAACCCACUACCUCUGCUGGCAACGGAACUCGAAGGGUUAAAGAGGACCAAAGUGGUUUUUAAGGUUAUGAAACUUUUCUGCACUGAAGCAUAGAAAAAAAAGAGCUUAGAAAGAGCUGAAAGCUGCUUUCCUCCCACCACUCUGCUCAUACCCAGACUGCUCCCCGCUGCCUUGAGAGGACCAGGAGCCCGGCUGGGUCCAAAGAAACUGCACACAUCCAAAGUUGUUCUCUAAUACCAUUCCUCAGUGAAAUGCUGGGUACUCCCUCAUCUCUUGUGCCACCUCCUCCUGUCUCAGUCCUCUGCUGCAGGCAGGGAGGGCAUCCACGCAGACCAGGCAGCAAAGGGAGAGCUGGGAUCACUUCUCAGCCAAGGAAGCCGAGCGGAGUGGUGUCCCAGUUGGAGAUGCACUGGGCUGGAAGGGUUAACAGAGCUCAUUAACGGAGGAUGAGGUGAUGGAGAGGAGGUGGGAUCCCUUUGGAGGAUCAUCUCCACCAGGAAGAGUGGGGCUGCUAAGGGCCACAGCUCUCAGAUUAGAAAAGCAUCUCAACACAAUAGAUAAAAGGUACACGAAACCAAAGUUCCAUUUACAGCCAACUGGUCUGUAACUGAGCCAAAGGAGAGCUACAGAUACCUGUGAGCACAUCUGCUCCACAGCUCUUCGCCACGAUGACGCUGGGUCCUUCCAGCACAUCACUCCCAUGGCAGCAGGAAAAUGAAGCUGAGUGCCACCUGUUGCUACCAGAACUGCUACUGCAGCGGUACCACGAGUGUGUGUGAGGAUGGAUGAUGGUGAAUGCGAGUGAAGGAAGGGACAAAAGCAAUGCUUGAGCUUCACAUGGUACCGAGCACCCUUCUAUUUGUAUAUAAAUUCAGCAUGGAAAAAGGAAAAAUGUCCUUUUGUGACAUGCCUGUGCUGCUGUACGAAGCUGCGUUCUGUGUUUCGCUGUGUUCAGACUGAUGUGCUUCCAGAAAGAAUAAAAUCCCUGUGUUCCAACCA